CCCGCCCAGGCCGAUGGGACCCAACGCGGCGCGGAAUCCGUGAACGGUCCGCGGCGCCGAGGGUGCAGCUCCUGACCUGACUGGCGCUGUCCUGCCCCAUGGACGCCUCCUCUAGCCCUUGGAAUCCCACCCCGGCUCCUGUCAGCAGUCCUUCCCUGCUGCUCCCCAUCCCUGCCAUCGUCUUCAUCGCUGUGGGCAUCUAUUUGUUGCUGCUAGGCCUAGUGCUGCUGACGAGGCACUGCCUGCUGGCCCAAGGCUGCUGCACGGAUUGCAGCUCCCCCUGCAGGAAGCAAGGCGCCUCCAGGCCCCAGGACUGUUGCUGGACCUGCGCAGAAGCCUGCGACUUCCCUUUGCCUAGCCCAGCGCACUACCUGGAUGCCUGCUGCCCCCAGCCCACAGAAGCUGGUUGGGCCCCUCACUGCCCUCGUUGCUGCCCACUCUGCGACUGUGCCUGUGCAUGCCAACUUCCUGACUGCCAGAGCCUCAACUGUCUCUGCUUUGAGAUCAAGCUCCGAUGA